UUCAGUGUAGACCGGUUAAUGCUUUUUAACUGUAUUCGUGUGCAGAAUCUUUAUGGUUAAUAGAAGAUGGAUUUACCAGCUCAGGUUUCAGGCUAUUGCUUUUGUAAAUGUAGUUUACACUUGUCUCCAUAUUCACUUUUACGCUACUCCAAGUUCUUAAAGGGACUCAAUUGCUUUAGCAAGAACAUCUUACCAAUAGAGGAUGUCCCAUUGCCCUUCAGAAGACUGCAGAUCUCUCGUUGUUCAGUAAAAGGACAGUUUCCAUGAAGGCUACAUGGAGAGAGGCAAAAUGUUGCAGCUGGAGGUCAGGAUCAUCUCUUGUGGGUCAGUUCUUUAACCAGCAUCCAGACAUCUUCUACAUGAUGGAACCAGCUUGGCAUGUAUGGAACUCUUUGUCACAAUACAGCGCCCGUGUUCUUCAUAUGGCAGUAAGAGAUAUUGUCCGAUCAGUCUUUAACUGCGAUAUGUCUGUGUUUAAUGCAUAUAUAAAAAACCAGGAGAAUGUUUCAGACUUGUUCCAGUGGUAUUCCAGUAAAGCUCUUUGUUCGCCUCCUGCAUGCAGCUCCUUUUCUCGUUUCAACCUUACUAAUGAAACAGCUUGUAAGAACCUCUGUGGAAAUUAUCCAUUUGGGAAAGUUGAAGAGUCAUGUGACAAGUAUACGCAUAUUGUAGUCAAAGAGGUUCGAAUUUUUGACAUCACAGUACUAUAUCCUCUUUUUAAAGACCCUUCCUUAAAUCUGAAAAUUAUCCAUUUAGUACGUGACCCUCGAGCAGUUGGGAAAUCCCGUGGGCAGGCUCCGAGAGCUCUCGCAGGUGAUAAUGGCAUUGUCCUUGACACAAAUGGCACAAAAAUAAAUGACACAAACUACGAUGUUUUACGUAAAAUCUGUGAGAGCCAAGUUAACAUGUACCAGACGGCACACUACAAACCUCCGCCAUUUAUGAAGGGAAAAUACAUGCUGGUCAGAUAUGAAGAUUUGGUGCGAAAUCCAUUAACAAAAGUAAAAGAGAUGUAUAAAUUUGCCAAUCUGAAUUUAAAUGACCAGCUGAUUGAGUGGAUCUAUAAUAUAACUCAUGGUAAAGGACCAGGUAAACGAAGGGAAGCCUUCAAAACCACUUCAAGAAAUGCACUAAAUGUAGCUGAAGUUUGGAGACACGUUCUUCCCUUUAAGAAAGUAAGACAAAUACAGGAUGCGUGCAGGGAAGCCUUGGCCACUUUUAUGUACCAGUUUAUGAAUUCAGAGGAAGAGCAAAAGAAUUUUGCACGAGAUUUUAUACUGCCAAUGGAGAUCAAUUAA